AUGGAAAGAACCCACGAAGACGUGCUCCCAAACCUUCCUACUCAAAAUCUAGACGACAUCCACCUUUGGUACAACGGAAAAGAUCAUUACGACCUCCUGAUACCCCACACUCCGCAGCACAAGCAGCCAGCCAAUUUUCAAACGACAUCGAUCACAGACCGACCAUCCAACAGCCAUCUAGAAACACCCGAGCCACAGAGACAAUCGCCAUCACUAACAGCAACAGCAGCAGCACCACCACCACCACUACCACCACCAACAACACCGCCACCACCAACACCAGCACCGGACAAUACGUCUACCACGACUGACACACCACCACCCCCGCCGCCACCAACGCCAACACAGCCGACACGCCACAAGAGAACCAAAACCAACCAAGCAGAACUCGACAAAAAACCAAAGGCCGCAGCCAAACCAAAGACCAAGUUCUGCUGCAAAACCAACCAGCAACACACACUCCCGGAACAGGAGUCGACAGAAAUCAAGGUAACACCACAACCAAGCAUCCUACAAGAACUCAGCAGAGUCCAGAUCGCACCAAACCCGAUACACCCACGACGCCUCCUCGAAGACGCGAUCCAUCACCUGGCUUCAGAAGAGCUGCGUGACGACCCACUUAUACCGCCAGGAAAAAAAAGAGAGGACAUAGACAAGGGAGAAACCUGGCCACGAGUAUUUUGUGCGUUCAAAGGAUGCAAUUGGACGAAGAACAAUGGAAACGAAGAAGAUCUCCAUCGUCACGUCGAGGAAGCACACUACGAGAAGUUGAAGCCCGCAAUGGAGCACAUGCCAAAGCCAAAGCCCAAAGAUAUCAUCAGGAGCAUCUAUAACGAAGCUGUCGCCACCGUCUGCCGCAAGCAAGCCCCCCCGGCCGGCUGCUCCCGAGACCGCUCGGCACUCAAAAGCUUCACGAAUGCCACGACCGAGAACCGAAUCGAAGCCCUCAUCUGCUUCAGCUGCGCGUGCAUCCACACGCGCGUGGACGAAAUAAACGAAGCCAACAGCAUCGACUGGUACCCCAUCCUCGAAUCCCUGGAUUCAAAAGAAGAAACAGAGGCAAGAACGAACAAUCUCUACAAAAUACUCAGCCUACAAAAAUACCUGGACACCUACGACACCCUAGCUGGAGACAUCAAGCUAAGCUCUCUCACAGACUUUCACAACUGGCAAGUGAACAUCCCUGGUCACGGCGCAGUACUCUGCUGCCCAGAAGAUCACCAAUGCACCGCCCAUCCAGAGCACCCCAGCCUUCACACGCUAUGCGAAAAGUGCGAAGUGCCACUGUGCAAAGAUUGCGCCCAACACCUAAGAAAGGGACAGCUACCGCCCCUGAGCCUGUGCAAUGACAUGUGGACGGGAUUCGCCCCCGAACGCCUCUACAAAGAAAACGUGACAGUGAUGGAAAUGAUCUGCGCCAGCCCCUGCGUAACCACCCUAAUCUGCUUCUCCAUGGAAGCACGAUAUGGAGAAGAAGAAAGAGGAACCACAGCAGCCCUCGACGCCAAGGCCCACGCAGCACUCCAUCGACUGGGAGCAAGAGGAAACGCACUCACUUUCCCGAUGCCCUGGGAAGAACUUCUCACAAACCUCAAGGACGCACUGAACUCCGAAGAAAGUCCACCACAACUACCACGCACAGGAAAGCAGCUGGGAGAAAUCGUAAGAGUCCUUCUGAAAACGAACAAAACGCGCAAAACGACUGCCUCCGAAUUGAAGACGCUCAUUCACCAGGCCACUGUGCGCCGAGAGGUGGUCGUGCAGCUGAUCCUCGACAUGAAGAAGUCGGGCCAUCCAGCCUUCCAGAAGACACGAGCAGAGAACAUACAAAGAACGGCCAGCGAGCUCCCAGAAGACGGCAUUCCACCCGAAGUCCUAAAAGUAAUCGAGGUCAUGCAAAACAGCGACGACUGGGGAAAGCUACAACCACAAAAAGCCGCAACACCCGUGGACCACCCUCACGAAGAUGAAUCGAAAGCCGGCGAAAUAUUUGCCAGCCAACGCGCGCAAGGCAUCUUGGCCGAAGGACGCAGCGAGGAACGAGAAAAUCAAAACUCAAUCGCCGUCGCGGCCUUAAACAAUCUCCGAGACCAACUGACACCACAGCUGCACAAAAAGAUGGACACCUUCGAAGUCAGAACGGGCAACCAGCUCAUCGACCAGUUUGAACCUAUGUACUUCGCCACCGCUUUCUGCUUCUGCUUCAGCUACGCCACAGCCUGUCCCGACGUGCAAGACACCCGAACACAAAAAGCAGAAGAUGACCGCAACGAGAGGGGCAUCACAAACAGACGCAGCCGAGACCCCAACGCACCACCCGUCCACAUUCACGCCUGGGCGGCAGCCAUGCUACGUCGCGCCGAAACACAGUUUAGACGAGACUGGACAUUCGGCUUCACGACCUGGAACUUCCUCUUCCGAACCAUGGUAAACCUGCAACAAAACACCUUCAUGUAUGCAACGAUCGACGAACAGGGCGACCACCGGAAAUUCAGCAACCUCGAAAUACUUCACGGACUGAACGAAAUCCAGAACGCGCUCCAUCACGGCAAGUACAUGGACAUCAGCAACCAGAUCAAGCCCGUCAAAGGCGAUCUGAGCAAGGUCAAGUACAGCAUCGGCCUAUCCGAAGCCGCAAAGAAGGUGCUGGACAACUGCACGGCACGCUGCCGCAACAUUCCGGGCACCCACGACGUCAGAAGCAUCAUGAGACAAGAAACUCACGCCAAUCGAAUUUGCUACGGGACGCCGCUCUUCGUAACCUUCUCCCCCUCCGAAAGAGACUCCGUCCUCAUGGUGCGCCUGGCAAGAGCUAGAGAAUGCGAUCCCGCCACCACCGAAGAAGCCACCAGGUCAUAUCAGUCCAAAAACAAACCGGAUCUCAACGUGGAGUACUACAGCCUCGAUCCGGAAAAACUGAUGACUCAACUGCCCGCCUAUGACGAGCGCCGAGCCAUGCUAGCCAAGGACCCGUUAGCAUGCGCGGAAGGCUUCCGCGUGCUCGUGCAACUGGCCAUGCGGCACCUAUUCGGAGUAAGAUUCUGUCCCAAUUGUCCCGAAUGCGCAAUGACCAACAAUCCUUGCACAGACGCCUUCGGCAGCAACGCCAUGGCAUGCGGAGGAAUCUUCGGACGCGUAGACUCCGUCUAUGGCUCGAUCGAGUGUCAGAAAAGCGGAAGCCUGCACAUCCACUUCCAGGUUUUCGUGCAGAGCUUCCACCAAUUCAGACCCAUCGCCGAUCUGCAGAAACUGAGUUCAGAGCAACAGAUGAAAAUGCUGAAGCAGUACCAAAACUACGUUUCACACGUCUCCCGCACCGUGUAUUCCAACCCAGAAGAAUGGCAACGACAUCGCCACGAAACCGAAGCAGCCUGGCCAGCUUUCCGCAGCUCAACGCUCGCGCUCAGCCGUCCCGACUAUCAAAGCGACAGCAAGCUGCCUGCCGAGACCUGGAGACAGCUCUACCUAAACGAAGACGUCGAAAAACUCCAACAGCUAAAACAACACCACGUCCACCUUCCCAACACACCCGACGGACCUCCCAUGCCACUACGCCACUGCAAAGACCCCAAAGAUCCCACCAAAUGCAAAGCCGGCUUCCCACGAGACAAGCGCCUAACAGACAAAAGCCUCCUCAUCUGCAAGGGCCUAGCAGAAAACAUGGACAUGCCAACCAAGGGCAAACGCAGCGCCUUAGGCCUGCUCUGGGGGCCUUGCAACGACGCGAACCUCAACGGCACCCAUCCAGCCAUGCUCGCAGCACUACGAUGCAAUAGCGACGUCCAGGUCCCAUACCGCUUCCCCAUCACCCAACAAUUCCACGAUCCCGCCUGCUGCGAUGAAAACUGCACAAGCGAAGACAACAUCUGGGAAAUCAUGCGCCAAGCCCAGAUCAACCAGUCCGCGCAGGCCGGCUACGCCUGCGACUACCAGUGCAAGCGCCUGCCCAUCGCCAUCAACGAAGUGCACGAAUGGAACAAAAGCCAAGCCGCGCAAGAACACGACCUGACCAAGGAACUGCAGCACAACCCCAACACCGGAUACGUCGGGGCACGCACAGCCAAAAGACUCGCCACAGAUUGCUAUGCCCGAGGCGUGGUCCGUGGAGCCGUGGAAUGCACCAACCUCGUCCAGCACGCCGGCCAUCUGGACCCCACCAAAGCUGAGGCAGUGAAAACGAGCCCAUGCCAACAAAUCAACCUACAUCACGGACUCCAGUUGCUCGAGGAAAUCGUGACCACCAACCAACCCAGACAAGAACAAGCAAUGAUUUGUAAAGACACCAGAAAAACCUGCAACCGCCAAGCCAUUCCCAAGCCCGCGUUCUGGACCAUCUACGCUCAUCGAGGACGGCGACCUGAGGUGAGCCCCUUGUCCGCCUACGAGUUUCUCAGAUACUACAGCACGAAGAUGGCAACUCGGCCUCACCACCUCGAGCAACAACCAGGUGACGCAGCGCAACCACGACCCAAGAAAUACCACGCCUACCUCACCGAAGCCGGCUCGAAACAAAUUAAUGCAGGAACCUUCUGGCAGAAGCUCCAACCCGGCUUGCACUAUCGAAUACACGAACGCGGAGAUGACGACUGGAUGCCCAUGAGUCCCAUGACGGAUGAUCCAACGCACGAACCGUUCCGACACGACUGGAUCAUCGUACCCCGACCAAGGCCACAUGUUCCUGUAGUGUUCAAAGCCACGUACGGACGAAACGACGAAGAGCACGCGAAACGCCUCCUGGUUCUCUUCCGACCCUGGAGCGGCACCAAAAAUGACGCCACCGACGAAGCUCCGUACAUAGGCACGCUAAAAGGUCCCGACACGACAACCUGGAAGGAGGCCCUCAUGAGAUGGGCGACCCACACAGGCUGGGCCACGGAGGAAGUCAAGCGCUACGUCCUGAACUACGCUUUCACCUUCUGUCUACCACGCCAACUGCAAAUAAACAACGACCUCUGCUGCAACAGCGACAACGAUAACUUAGAAGACAUCAUGUAUCACUUCGAAGACGACGACUUGCAACUCGCCAAAACCACGAGGGUUCGAGGAGCCGAAGACGAUAACGACGACCCAGAAGCCACGGCUCCGGAACCUUCAGAAGACGCAACAGCAACAACGACCACAAUGAAACGAGGCCAGCUUACAAAAAACAUGUUUGAUCUCAGCCAAAAGAUCUGGCUUUCACACACACCAGAAAGCAACCCGCUGUCCAAAAUGGCUGCGACACAGAACUCGCUGCUGAAGUCCUCACCCGGCGUAGCGGACCCAGACAAGCUGAUCCAAGCAGCAAAAGACUCGCGCAGACUACAAACAUCGACCGAGCAGCAGCAACAAACAGGCCUCCACCACCCUUACCAACGACCCGUCGUAACCCACCAGAACAGAAUCACCGCAGACAAACUACACACAUGGCUAAACAGCAAGAAAAUUCAGUCCACUUUAAACGAACAACAAAAAAGCUUCAUGCAACUGAUCGUAAACAGGAUUCUAGUGGAAUACAACCUGACGCCAAGCAACGACACCAGACUGCAAGCGGACGAGCCGCUCGUCUGGCUUCUCCACGGCGGUCCGGGCAGCGGCAAAACCCACGUUCUCAAAUGCAUGCGUGCGCUUUUCCAAGAUGUCCUCGGCUACGUCCAGGGAAUCGACUUCGAGACCGCCGCGUUCCAGGCAACCAACGCCGCAGACAUCCGCGGAAAGACGCUCCACGCCAGUUGCGGACUCUCCAUGGGGCGCCACAGCCUCGACAAGGGCAUGUCUCCAGACACCGCCAAGCGCAUAGCCCUCUGGCGAUGGUUAAUCAUCGACGAAAUCGGCAUGGUCAGCGCCACGCUCCUCACACAAAUCGAAGCUCGCAUUCGCAGCGCCACCCCAGCCGCCAGCCGCUGGAAGCACGACGUCACGGGACGAGUGAGACCCUUCGCCGGCCUCAACGUCGUGUUUCUCGGCGAUUUCAACCAACUACCGCCUCCAGAAGGUGGCAGCCUCGUGGACAUACCAGCCUACCUGAAACCUGCAAGCAGCCAAGCACAAGUAGCGGCGGAUCCACUGAUUCAAGCAGGCCGGGAGCUCGUCUGGUGCGGAGCAUUGCAAGGCGUAACCGAACUCGUGCAAAAAGAGCGCUGCAAGGACAAAUGGUGGAACGAGGUCGUCGCCGAGAUGCGUUCAGGCCGCCUGUCUGAAACCAACUGGAAGUACUUGCACGGCCAGCACGUCGAUGGAUGCACCCUGACCGAAGCCGAAAAAAGAAGCCGCAAACGAGUCAUCGACUCACCACAAGACCCACGACUGAGCGAAGACAAAUUCCUGUGCGGCACAGUCAUCGUUGCCAACAACGACGCAAAGUAUCAAAUCAACAAAGACCGAGCCGCCAGCUUCGCCCAAGCCACGGGCCUUCCCCUCCGCUGGUCCGUCGCACGAGACAAAGCCGGCACAGAAGUCAUGCAAACCCAAGCGUGCGACAAAACCGCCAAAAUUCGCUGGUUACGCUACCACGACAUGGACACAGAAGGGCUCCUGGGCAUGCUGCCUUUGGCAAUCGGAUUGCCAGUGCAACUCACCCAGCACAUCGACCGCUCCGACAAGUACCUGCUGAAAGGUCGCCUCGGCUAUGUUCACUCCUGGGAAUGGCCGGAAAAUCAACAACAACCACGAGUAGUGUACGUCAAAUUCUACGAUGCAGACUGGACCUUAGACGGCAGCCGAGAACCGGGACUCUAUCCUAUCAUGCCAUGGACCAGAACUUGGAAACUCGACAAAGGAAGGAAAUGUCCCGUCUUGGGGGUGAAAAGGACGCAACUGCCAUUGAGUCCAGCCUUCGCGAUCACGGCCCACAGCAGCCAAGGAAAAACACUGAGCGCGGUUCUCUUGGACCUGAACAUAGAUCGUCUCACACACACGUCAUACGGCACAGUGGCGGCCAGUCGCGUUUGCAGUCGAGAAGACCUUCUCAUAUUGCGCCCCUUUCCACUAUGGCUCUUUCAACGUGGCGCACCAGAUGGACCCGAAUUAUUGCUCAAAAAGCUGCGCAAGGAACUGACCAUACAAGACGUCCAAGAAGCAAGGUGGCCGACCGCCUGCUGUUCGACAUGCAAAGAAAUCAAGACCCUAGAAGCCUUCUCGGACUUGCAAUGGAAAAACAUCCAGGCCACAAAACCCGCCGAUUGUCUCAACUGUCAAAACGUCCAAACGAACGGUAAAAGAAAAAAUACCUUGUUUCGCCGGAUCAAUGGCAAGAAGCAGAAGUACACCUGCCGAGAUUGCGGAAUUCACAAAACCGAAGAUGCCUUCCACAGAGCCCAGUUGCACGAACAACUCUCCGACAACGAACGCAGGUGCAUGCGAUGCAUAGAAACGAACACUGCGCCGCUAACAUGCGCAAGCUGCACGAGAACCAUGGACCUGGACCAGUUCUCCGACUGCAUGCGAAGCUUCCCAACCCAAGCCAUCAGCUGUCUCGAGUGCCAGACCAAAUUCGAGCAAGAAAUGCAAUCAACAGGUAACAAGUUCAUGUGCCGAUCCUGCAACAGAUUCUAUCUCAACAAGGCCAUGCACGGCGCCACUCACAACAAAAUAUGCAUCAACUGCACCGACGGCCGUCAAGUACCACCACGUGGACACCGCACCUGCAAAAAAUGUAAAGCGACCUGGGACACUAUGCAGGCUCCACCCACUCACAACUCCAACGACCGUCUGUGCCCCCAGUGCCGCAAAACCGCUAAUCCAAAACGAACAACACAUCGAAAGUAG